AUGAGUUCAUUAGACGAUGCCGAUGAUGGAAUGUUAUUAAAUUUUGUCACUGAUGAUAGCUCUACGUCGAAAUCCACGAGUAAUAACUCUCAAAAAGUUACUGGUGGUAGAUGGAAGGACAGAAGGAAGUUGCAAAUGAUGUUGGAUGGGAAGAAAACAAGAGGAAAGAGAUCACAGCAAGAUUUGUAUAAGGAAACUGGUGACGAUGACGAGCACGAUGAAGAUUCCAAGAGUAACAAGAAAAGGUCGACGAUGAAUAAUAAUAAUAGUCGUAAUCAGACAUUAAUGACUAAUAAGAAAACUAGAGAAUUAGACAACAAAUUGGCAAGUAGAAAAGGUGGGGUAUUACCGCCAAACACAGCUAGCUCUGAAAUUGUUUCCUCCCUUUUCACAUCAAACAGAGAAAUUUCAACUGCCGUAAAUACAAAUAAGCACGAUGAAAAUAUUAAGAUUAAUCCAUCGAAUGCUCCUUCCAUGGAGGAUUCAUUCGAUGCUUUAGGGAUUAAUGACACAUUAGUAUCUCAUUUAGUGGAAAAGAUGCGUAUUACAAAACCAACAAAUAUUCAAAAAUUAGCAAUCCCAAAUUUAAUAUCAAGUAAUAAAAAAAAUAAUGACCUAUUUAUACAUGCUCAAACCGGGUCUGGUAAGACAUUGACUUAUUUAUUACCAAUCAUAUCCUCCAUAUUGGAAAUGGAAGCUCAUGUAGACAGAAAAUCAGGAUGUUUCGCCUUGAUCGUUGCACCAACUCGUGAAUUGGCCUCACAAAUUUAUCAGGUAGCUUCCACUUUGACUAAUUGUUGUCAUUAUUUGGUUCCAUGUCUUUUGAUCGGUGGUGAACGUAAGAAAUCUGAAAAGGCAAGAUUACGUAAAGGUUGUAAUUUCAUUGUGGGAACACCAGGUCGUAUAUUGGAUCAUUUACAAAACACAAAAGUUAUUCGUGAACAAAUGGGUGAUUCAUUGAGAUAUUUGGUGUUGGAUGAAGGUGAUAAAUUGAUGGAAUUAGGGUUUGAACAAACCAUUGAUGACAUUUUAAAGAUUAUCCAUGAGGUUCCAAUCAAUAACAGGAAAUUCCCGAAAUUACCAUCACGUAUUAUUAAUGUAUUAUGUAGUGCUACAUUGAAGGGAAGAGUAACUAAACUAGGUGAUGUUGCAUUACAAAACUAUAAGCUGAUCAGUGUCAGCGGUAAGACAGAAAAGGAAACCGUUACUGUGGCACCAGAUCAAUUAUUACAACAAAUUACUAUUGUUCCCCCGAAAUUAAGGUUGGUUACUUUGGCUGCAGAAUUAAAUAAUAUGACAAAGAGAGCCAAGGAAAAUCCUGAACAAACUACACGUACAAUGGUUUUUUUAUCCUGUUCAGAUAGUGUUGAAUUCCACUUUGAGACAUUCUCAUCGAAUGAUUCUCAUCAUAAAGAUAUAGUUGGCGAUACAGUCAGAUUAUUGACUAAAGGGAAUACUAUUUUCCCUUGUUUUGAUCCUGCUGAAACACCAAAAGUCCUAUGUUAUAAAUUGCACGGGUCAUUAUCCCAACAAAUGAGAACUCAAACUUUAAAGCAUUUUGCCACAGAUAAUGAUGCUACUAAAGGGAAACAUUUAAUUAUGUUCUGUACGGAUGUGGCAAGUAGAGGUCUUGAUUUGCCAUAUGUUAGUACCGUCAUUGAAGUUGAUCCACCUUUCGCAGCAGAAGAUCAUCUUCAUAGAAUUGGUCGUACUGCUCGUGCUGGUAAACCUGGUGAAAGUUUAUUAUUUUUACUUCCAGGCGAAGAAGAAGGUUACAUGGAUUAUAUUAAACCAUACCAUCCAUUGGGGUGGCAGUUACUCAAAUUCGAUGAAGAUAUCUUAAAGUCUGCCUUCAGUGAUUUGAGAGUUGCCAGAAAUGAUAUUACUGCUAAAGACGCCCAAAGGAAAAAGAGUAAGGACAAAACUGAAAAAAUUCUGGAAUGGGAUACUAAUGCCACUACUUGGCAUUUGAACGUUGAAAGACGUUUAUUAGAAGAUUCAACUUAUAAGAAUGUAGCAAUGAGGGGUUAUACAAGUCAUGUGAGAGCAUAUGCUACACAUAUAACUCAGGAAAAGAAAUUUUUCAACGUCAGAUGUUUACAUUUGGGUCAUUUAGCCAAGAGUUUUGGUCUAAGAGAGAGACCUAAGAGUAUGGGUGCCUUAGGAAGUAAACAGCAAAAGAUGGAGGAUGAUGCUUUUAAAAAUAAAAAGAAGGAAGAUCCUCAAAUGAAAUUAAUUCGUAUGGCUCGUAAGGCAGUACGCGCCAGUGCUAGUGAAUUCAACUAUUAG